UUAUUGUUAUUCUGACUAGACAUUGUUUUGUACUGUGCCCUAGUGAUCUUGCCACAGCGCUAGCUUGGUGCUUGGUGCUUGGUGUGUGGUGUGCCUAGUGCUUACGAUUGUAUGUUGGUUCUUCCCAGUUAAAUCUAAAUGAGCAACAUGUUGGCGCAACUGGACAAUAUGCACAUCGACGAUCUGCCCUAUUUGGAACGGGAUAUUACCUUCCCACAAAAAGUUUCAUUGUUGUUUCUGCUGUUUGGCGAUCAGCAUGCACAGGCGACAUAUUUAUUGCAAAAGCUGCUGGCGCUGACACGUGCACCACACACGGAGCAACAAAACACAGAUUUGUUGCGCCAAUUUGCGUCCGUAAAAGCUUCACACGAGUGGCGUGGCCAUAUCAUCGAGGCGCUGUGUUUAAUAAAUGCUAGACAAGUGCUGAGAAAACUGGGCUUUCGCUGGGAGGAACUACGUUUGCAUUAUUUGCCGCAUGUGCAGGAGCUUACGUUGCAUAUACAUCCGCUGUUAAAGGCCAUGUAUAUUAUAUGUGAGCAGCUGACAUUGGCUCAAACUGGACGCCUAGUUCUCAACAUAAAUGAGAAGCUGGCACAACAACAAGAGCACCAUCAGCAUGAGCCACUGCGCUUUUAUGACUCUGCCUAUCUGGAGAUAUUUCUAUUAGACUGGCUAACGCGUCAUCAUGUUCGACUGGGGGACAUAAAUGCAAUGGGAAGUGAUGUGCAAUUACUUAUAGAAUACUUUAAAAUGAACGACAUGCAGGCGCAGGCUACACUGCUUGUAGAAACAGUCAACAGCAAUGCAGUCACAGGAGCAGAAAGGAAAUGCGAAACGGAUACUUCAAAUGCAACGCCGCAUAAAGUGGAAGCUGUUCCUCGGCAACGACAUGAAAAUUCGUACCAAAUAUCACGCCAGAAUGCGGGGAUACUGCUCAUUGUUAAUCAGCAGCGUUUUCAUGCAAAUGUCAGUGAGGAGCUGCAGCCAUUGCUGCCACGCAAGCCGCUCUCAGCGCGAGAAGGCACCGAUGUGGAUAAGCGGCGAUUAAGCGAAGUAUUUUCUGCGCUGGGCUAUCAGGUGGAAUCGUUCGACAAUCUUGAUCACUUGGAUAUGCUUGAGCAUAUACGCAAUGUUUGCGCCCGUUCCACACUGCGGGAUUCUCUAGUUGUCUGCAUUUUAUCGCAUGGCUUUAUGGGCGCUGUCUAUGGUAGCGAUAGCGUACCAGUGGCUAUAACGGACAUAAAAAAUGUGCUCUGUGCCGAUGAAAGCCUCAACGACAAGCCAAAACUGCUCAUUAUACAAGCCUGCCAAGAAAAUGAAAAACAAAAUCUAACUCGCCAGGUUAAUGUUACUACCGAUUCACCCAGUAAUCUGGCCAAUAUGGUUGUUGCCAUGUCCACUGUGCCCGGCUUUGUGGCACUGCGCCAUAAUAUACAGGGCAGCUGGUUUGUGCAAACACUUUGCGAUGAAAUUGAACAGCAUGCAGCUAGCGCUCAUGUGCUAGAUUUGUUAACCAUUGUUAUAGGCCAGAUAAGUCAGAAACGUGGCGAUAAGAAUCAAAUAAUGCUGCCGCACUUAAACAGUACACUAAAACAAAGUGUCUACUUGCCCAGCAUUUAAUUAAAAUGCCUUUAAAGAAGUGUUUUUCUUUUGUGCAGGUGAUCUAUUUUUAAUGAUUGUAAA